AUGAUCCUGUUACACCACGUCAGUCUUCAAGCAGGGCCCUGGUUGGAAAAUGAGAAUCUUCGUGCAGUCCACGUUGUGUUCAAAGAUAUUUGGUUUUGCCGUAAGCUCCUGGAUCAGAUUGAGCAGCAUAUCAAGGCGAUCUCACAAAGUUGGCGAGAAAACUAUUACAUGGAGACCUUGCUAACACUCACAAUUCGAGUAUGCACUCUUGGUCACAUAUCGGCACUUCCUAGGGCUCAGUCACUUCUCGUGACCAUACGGAAUAUUACACUCACAUGGAUAAAGACACUGCGCCAUGAAACAAGGACUACUCAGGAGCAUGACGUUGCUGAGAGGUCCGCACGAUACGGAUUCUUAGCAGCUUUAUUGUGUCGUCGUACUUUCUAUCUAGGAGCCUACGAUGGUGCGCCUUUGGACCAGGAAUCAUUCAAAGUGUUCGUGGAGGCAACGCUAGCUAUGCAAGAGAAUCUCGUGGUUGAUGUGGCUCAGUUCUCCGACGUCACCUUGAACAUACUGAUUCGAGAUAUCAAGAUGGCAUAUCGUAUGAGGUCAAUGAUUCGUCUCUCUAUCCAUCAGCAUCAACUGGGCUUACAGUCAGCGAUUGACACGGUUUGGCCUAAUUCAACGCCUGAGGAACGGAAAUACAGCCCAUGGGUGUCUCUAGAUGCGCCAUAUGACUGGUGGGUGACCUCGACAGUACCUGCCACUGAAAGCACGAAGCCCCAGGUUGUACAUUACCAUAUGCUCGAGGGUCAUCUAUUGAUUGACGGUAGAGCAUUAGGAAAAUUGCCUGCGGCUAUGCGGGACUCGAAGAUUAUCAAAGAUCUGUUUGGCAAUCAACGGCUUGUUGCCUUUCCAUCGAACGUUUAUGGAAUGAGCUACGUACUGGGCAUCCAACAAAACAACUAUGAGAUCCAUUUAGGAUACAGAGGCAAAGAUAUUGUGGUACAGGCUCGAAAUGGCUGGGAUCGCUUAGAAUUUGUCCCUUCACAUGUUUUCGGGAAUGAGUCCAAUUUCGACCUUCCGGCCUCUUUGGUCGACGAUUGUGUACAUUGGGUAAACCUCCGAACUGGAAACCUCGAAGCGCGGCGUAAGCCCAAGAUCUGGAGGAGCACCAAGGGAAACUGGAAUCUGGACUUACGCGCCUAUCAAGCGAGGAAGAAGGAGUCCCAACUGGUGGAUCCCAAAAGCAAGAUCUUCAGCCUCAUAUCCCAGAUCUUCUGUAAUUUUGUCCCUGCGCACCUGCUGACAAUUUUUCAACCAGCCAGGGGAAGUUUAGUCGUGGAGAUCAAAAGGAUGGACCUCACUUUCAUGGUCAAUCGCCAAAAAUUACUUUAUUGCCUCCAACUAAAGGCAGAGAUUGACCCGGAUCAAGAUGCAGGCACGUUUUACGGACUUCAAAGCAUGAUUGUUCUACGGGAGAGGAGCGAUUCUUCACGGCGAAGUCUUCUGACUACCAUGGGAUGUUUGGUAUGUCGACGAUCUGGUGUGCAUCUUGAAGUGCUGAUGGGGAAUGAUGGUGAAUAUGCAAAGUAUUCUAUUGACAUGAUCUUGGGACGACUACAAUGUCCGCCAGAGCCGCGGCUCCUAUAUACCAAAGCUCUAAUUCAUGCAUACACAUCAUUUAUCUUGCCAGAUCCACUAACUGGCCGUACUGGCACCGAAGAAGCAUUACACUGCUUACGGUCCGGCUUGUCUCAGCCUUGGAGCCCCUUGCAUUUCAUCCACGGCCAGAUACUACAGCGCAUUGCAGACUUAGUACCGCAACGCCGUUACUAUCCUAAGGACUUGAGGAGGCAGCAGACGGUUACUUGGAAACCGGAGUUCACCACAACAAUCCAACAUGAUGCGUAUCAAUCCGUAGUUGAUUCGCUUGUGAAAAAAUCCCAGCGAUUAUGGCUUUUUCACACGAAUGUGGGGAUACCUGAGAUGAAAACUACUGAACACGCGUCGAUGUUUCUGUGUGAGCGUGCUUAUUGGCGUCGGUCAUUAUAUGAGCGACCAGAUUCAUUUCCGGACAAUUUUCCGCCGAUUUGCGAUUUUCCUUACAAUGUCAGAGGAAAAUGGUCGCAACCGUGGAGAGCUGCUAAUACCCGUGAGAUAGUUUCUCUCAUUCGUCAGAAUCCCAGCUCACUACAAACGACACAGGACUUGAAAGAUAUCAUGAGAACAUGGUCAAUCAUCGGUGGAUACAAGAAUAAUUUCACUCCAAGUUCUAUCGCUUCCUGGCUAGGAGCCGACAUUGCUCAAGAAUGGGGUGGCUUGGUGAAUAUCUGUAGGAAGGUCUCUCAAGACAGCUACAGCGUCAUGUUCCUUUUGGGUUUCAUUGCGUUCUCUGAUCGUGCCAACAUGGAUAUGCUGCGAACUCUGACUGCAUUUUAUCUUUUGCAAGAUCUGAAAACCCUAGGGCUGCCCGUGGUGUCGUCGCUGAGUGGACUUGAUAUGGAUCAGAAACCGUCUCUAGAAGAGAUGUUAAGCCUCAUACGUCCAUUCUGCCAAGAAUACCAGCCGCCCACUUCACAUCGCGGAAAAAGGGGUAGGAAAGAUCACUCCCAUGAAGCAGCACAACAACUACAUGAGGAGAGUUGCUUAAAAGAAAGCACUUCGUUUGCACAACAUAUCUUGGACCAAUGGCCGAAUCGGAGACCCAAGGCUGAAGAGUUCAGUGGAGAAAUCCUCGACAAAGAUGAGGCUUUGAAUGCUAUCUAUCCUUAUUGGGACAAGCUUCAUGAUGCUCUAGAGUUUUCUAAGCAUAUUUCUGAGGUACAGAUAAUCCUUGAUCGACACUACGGACGUUGUCAUUUAAACGAGCCCCUGGUGAUCGGUUCGGAUGUUGAAGUGUACGGAUCACACAAAAGGCGGGAUUCCGUGAUACCUCGUUUAGCAGAGCUUCUUGAGAACAUGCAAAGGAAGGUCUUAGAUAUCAAAUCUAAAGCGCAUUUAGUCAAAGGGAGUCCAGCUGACAAUGCACAUCAUACUGACCAAAAGUCUUCCCGUGUGGACGGCAAGCAGCGCAUAGAUCAGAAGCAAGUAUUCAGGGUCGAGAUCAAAGAGCUUGAGAGAAUCGUCACCACACACUUCGUUCAUUCUGAUAGCUAUAUGCGCUCAAGAUAUGGCCGUGACUUGGCACGAAGCAUCAAUACAUUUAGGGAUCUGAAACAAGCAGAGGGCCCAACGACCAAGGCGAAUAUGAGCUUAGACGAUGAGAUUAGAGGUGCAAGAAAGACGGUCGAUGUCCGUUACGACUGCAUCUAUGAUCAACUUGCAUUCCAAGAUCCUCGAUAUUCUUGGCUUAGCCGAGCUAAUCUCUGGCCAUCUCUCAGCCCCGUUUCGAUACUGGAGCAGCUGAGGUCUCAUUCUUGCUUCAGACUACGGCGUGACACGAAAAAGGCGAUAAUUGAUUAUGCCACAGCUAUCGCCAACCUCCAACAUCUACGUCGGAUGGAAGAUGCGGUUUUGAAAGGCGAUAAAAAACGAUUGAAAUCAGAGCAGGAAAACAGCGGUUAUGUCAAUUGGGCACCAGAUGAUUGUACUGACUGGUUACUGUUAGAGAUUGAUGCCAAUAUUCAUAUUCGAGAAGAUCAAGUCACUGUGGCAUUAGAGAUGAUAUCCCCGUCUUCAGGCUCCAAUUCAGUGCUGCAAAUGAAUAUGGGACAGGGAAAAACCUCUGUAAUCAUGCCGAUGGUUGCAUGCGUCUUGGCUGACAGGGGAAUGCUUACAAGGUUGCUGGUCCCUAACGCUCUUUUGAACCAGACAGCACAGAUUCUUCAAUCACGACUUGGGGGUCUGGUGGGUAGAGAAAUCACACACAUCCCAUUUUCUCGUCAGACACCAACGACAGAGACUCAUAUCCGGGAAUAUCGGCAACUUCACGAGGAAAUGCUUCAUUCAGGCGGCAUCAUCUUAGCUAUUCCCGAACAUGUGCUAUCUUUUAAACUUUGUGGGUUGCAGCGACUGUCUGAUGGGAAAAUUUCUGAGGCGAAACAUAUGGUCACCAUUCAAGGUUGGAUGGAUAAAAUCUGCCGAGACAUUCUGGACGAAUGUGAUUUCACACUGGCUACCAAAACUCAGCUCGUGUAUCCUAGUGGAACGCUGUUGAAUGUUGAUGGGCACCCACACAGGUGGAAGGUUACCGAGGUCAUCCUUGACCUUGUGGCACAUCAUCUGGGUGACUUGGCGCAGGAGUACCGGCGGAGUAUUGAUGUUGUAGAGCGUGGGGAGUCUGCAUUUCCCGUCGCCCAUAUUCUACGAGGAGAUGUCGAGCAAGCUCUCAUACGUAAAAUUGUCGACGAUAUUUGUGCGAGUCGUACCGCGAUUCUGUCGCUUUGGGAAAACACAUUUGAGGAGCAGCAAGCUAUUCGAAAGUUCAUCUCUCAAGAAGAAAUUGAUGAGACCACAAUCCAGAUUGUUGAUAAGAUACUAUCUGAUGCGUCGGCCAUUAGAAAGAAUGUGUAUCUUCUCCGCGGGCUUCUCGUGCAUGGCAUUCUCUUACUUUGUCUGAAAAAGCGAUGGAAUGUGCAGUACGGUCUGCAUCCUCUUCGAGAUCCGGUUGCUGUCCCCUUUCAUGCCAAGGGAGUUCCAUCUGAACAGGCCGAAUGGGGCCAUCCUGACGUGGCAAUUCUGUUCACCUGCUUGGCUUUCUACUACCAAGGCCUUAGCCAAAAGCAAAUCCGACAGAGUUUACAGUUGGUCCUCAAAUCUGAUGAUCCUGCCACCGAAUAUGAUCAGUGGACACAGAAUUCUACCUCGCUUCCAGAAGUCUUGCGACAUUGGAACAUUAUCAACAUAGACGAUGAGGGUCAAGUUGCCGAGAUUUGGCGUCAUUUGCGUUUUGCAACUGUUGUGGUGAACCACUUUUUGAACCACUUCGUGUUUCCCGCUCAUGCAAAGCAAUUCAGCAUCAAGCUGCAAGCAUCAGGAUGGGAUGUUCCGUUGUUCUCACUCGACGGCAAGACCACAUCCAAGGGUAGCAGGCAACCGGGAAUUACGACUGGUUUCAGCGGUACGAAUGACAAUCGAGGCUUACUGCCCCUAACAAUCGAGCAACAGGAUCUACCGCAGCUAUUACAUACCAAUGCAGAAGUCUUGACGUAUCUUUUACAAAAGAGGAACCGCGAAUACAUCUUGGCGACAGAUAGGAAUGGCAGGCGUUUCUCAGAGGUUGAGCUCCUCAAUCAUUUGACUGGAAUGAAAAUUCGUGUCCUCAUUGAUGCAGGUGCAUUUAUUUUGGAAAUGGACAACAAAGCAUUGGUCAAAGAAUGGUUGGAACAUGACUGGGAGGCGCAGGCAGCUGUCUAUUUCGGCACUGAUAACAAGGCUUGGGUCCAAUAUCGAGGCGGUAAGAUUGCUCCAUUGCUGGCCACUCCGUUUGCAGAUAACCUCGAGGAUUGCUUGGUUUAUCUAGAUGAGGCACAUACCCGAGGCACCGAUCUUUUGUUGCCAGCGAACGCAAAGGGUGCGCUUACUCUGGGUCCUAAUCAAACAAAGGAUCACACAGUCCAAGCGGCUAUGCGAAUGCGCCAACUGGGUACGACUCAGUCAAUAGCCUAUGUCGUACCACCGGAAGUUCAUCAAAGUAUCCAGGAUGUGUGCAAUAAACGCCCCAACGAUAGGUUUGACUCCUCGGAUGUGGUGACGUGGUUACUCCAUCAAACAUGCAACAACAUUGAGGAAUUACAGCCGCUUUAUCUUUCUCAAGGCAAGGACUUUUGCAAUAGGAUGCAGGCAGCACGGACAUAUAAGGAUUUCUUGAUCAGCUCCCGCCAUCGAGAAGCAUUUCUGGCAGUGCUACAACAGCCUGAACAGCAAGAUUUGGAGCGUUUAUAUAGCCCCAAAACAGCCCACCUUGAUGAAAAUAUGCCAUCUUCCGACUCCACGGGUUUGAUUCUUACUGGAAAACUUGUUUCGUUUCAACAAGACCUGACAAAGAGACGUUCGGCCUCCAGUAAUGCGUUCAGCUCUGUCAAAAGCUCAGCACUCGAAGAGGUCGAACAAGAGCGAGAGGUUGCGUUCCAAGUUGAAGAAGAGAGAGAACUACAACGACCCCAACGGAUGCGAGCUCUACAAUUUUCAGGUCUACAUAAAACUAUUCGUGACUUUGUGGCCACUGGUAUUUUGAGCGGACAGGAAGGGUACACCAUGGCAUCGACAGCACUGAAAAGGACAAAGAUUGGAAGUAAGUACGGGGACUACGCAUCGCGGCUCAUUAGUCAUUUGUACCUGUCCAUUGAGUUUCUGAGGACGGUAAAAACCAGGAACAAAACUAGUCUUGACAAUUUCACUCGCCCAGUGAAUUGGAUCCUUUGGAGUGAGGUGUCUCAUAUUGCUAUGGUUAUCAUACCUGAGGAGGCUGAAGUUGUGAUACCUAUGCUAAGAGCUGCGGAGAGAUCACCUGUCUAUCUCUUCAUCUACGCUGCACCAGUUACUCGGAAAAUGCUACACUUUGAUACCCUGAGUUACUACGCGAUUCCGAAUCUGCCAUUCCUCUGGAAGCCCCCAAUAUGGUUAUCUUUCGAACUCGGCAUUCUAGCCGGAAGACUCUACUUCAACUUCCCGGAAUACGAGGGGCUCCUGGAGAAAUUCAAUGCUAUCGAGCAAUAUGAUAGUGAUAGUCGAGUAGCUUCGUCAUCGGACGUCCAAGGGAAUUCAAAGAACAUACUUGCAUUCCUCAACGAAUGGCUAGCGAUCCGGCGUCAAGGACAAGACAUUACACAUACCCCAAUGGGGUAUGUGUGCCAAGGCCGGAAGCUACGCAGUGAUCACCCAUUUUUCCUACAGAGGUCGACUAAGCAAGUCGAAUUACCUAAUGGGUUUACUGCAAGCUACCAGAAAGGCUGUGAUGAAGAGGACGAGGAUUACUAUUCUGACCUCGAUGAUGUUGAAGGAUCUAUUGGAGGGAACGAAAAGGAGGAAGAUGUGAAGAAAGAGUUAGAAAAGGACAGUAUCAAGGAGGAGCCUGAUGCUGUCAUGGCAAAUGCUAUGUCGAUAUCAAUGGAUACAUCUUCAGAGAAAUCUGCUGUUGACAGAUACAAGGUUGUUGUAUGAGAUACAGUUGAGCUACUUGACGGUUUACGUAUAUGCCAAUAAAACCAAUGUAUGGAU